AUGGCUGAAUUCAUUAGAGGUGGUCCAGGUGUGGUUUUGCGCGAUAAAGUACAUGCUACGCUAAGUCUCAACAGUGAAGAUAGCCAAGACAUACUCGAUCAAGACUUUGAUCCAUUCAUAGAACAAGAUGAACUGGACGGUAGGAAUAAUGUGUCAUUGUUACUAGCACCACCUGAAAAUCAUUGGUAUCAUGGUCGGUUGAGUCGGUAUUUAGCCGAGGAACGACUGCGGCAGGCUGUAGAUUUGGGUAGUUACCUGGUGCGUGAAAGUGAUCGUAAACCAGGCUCAUAUGUGCUAUCCUAUCUGGGACGUACUGGUAUCAAUCACUUUAGAGUGACGGCUGUAUGUGGUGAUUUCUACAUAGGUGGCCGACAGUUUGACAGUUUGUCUGAUUUAAUUGGCUAUUAUACAAAUUGUUCAGACUUAUUGAAAAGAGAGAGACUUGUGUAUCCAGUAGCACCUCCUGAACCGGUCAAUGAUAAGAAACGUGUUGUAGCAAUUUUACCUUACACUAAAAUGCCGGACACAGACGAACUAACAUUUCAAAAAGGUGACAUAUUCUUUGUACACAAUGACAUGGGAGAUGGAUGGCUAUGGGUAACUGCUCAUAGAACAGGUGAACAAGGAAUGAUUUUUAGAGACCUAGUUGAUCAUUUAGAUGAAAACAUUGAUCCAAACACAGUCUUUGAUUGGUUUCAUCCAGGCGUAACAAAAAAUGAAGCUGUAGACAUGUUAGUCAAAUCUGGUCCUGGAAGUUUUUUAGUCAGACCAAGUGACAAUUCUCCAGGUGAUUAUUCAUUAUUCUUUCAUGUCAACAAUCAAAUCCAAAGAUUUCGCAUUGAGAAAAAAGGUGUUCGUUAUUUGAUGGGUGGUCGUACAUUUGAAUGUUUAGAUGCCGUCAUAAAUAGAUACCGUAAAGAACAGAUAGUUGAGGGGCAUACUCUUGUGAUGCCUGUGUGUCGUAACUCUAAUGAGUUGUUAGAUUUACCAAUUAAACAAAAGGAAGUACAACAAGCUGAAAAAAUAUAUGCAACACUUAGAGAAUGUCGCGAACAGGUGGGGAUCAAAAAAGUAAAAGGAAUAAAAAUGCAAGGGUAUAUGUACAAGAAAAGCGACAAGAAUAAAAAAUGGAAGUCAUUAUACUUUGUAUUAUUAAUUGAUGGAGUUGAUACUCAUUUAUGUUUUUAUGAUAAUCCUAAAAGAACUAAACCUAAAGGUUUGAUAGAAUUGAGUUGUGCUUAUUUGUAUCCAGUACAUGAAAGUGUGUUUGAUAGACCUAAUUGUUUCCAGUUAGUCGAAAGAGCUUUACCGUGUUUGGCUACCAUAACUUAUUUAUCUUUAGCAACACAAGAUUUAUUUCAAGAAUGGCUUUCCUCUUUAAGAAUGUACUGUGUCACUCAGUUGUCAAGAGUUCCUAAAGCACACAAAUUACGCGAGUUACGUUGCUUACAGCUGCACAUUUUGGAUGCCCAUCGUUUGCCAUUCAAACUUGUACCAAACCCAUUUUGUAUAAUAUCUCUGAAUCAAGUAAAAGUAGCCAGAACUCGAGCUAAGAGUGGACCUGAUCCUGUGUUUGACGAAGAGUUCACUUUAGACGAUGUACCUCCUGAUGUAUUGACAUUCACUGUAAGCAUUUACAACAAAGGAAAACGAUCUAAGGAUACUGAGGUAGCCGAAUUAACUGUAGACUUGAAUACAUUGAAUAAUGGAGCUGAAGUCGAAGACUGGUAUCCUUUAAGUGGUAUAACACCAAUUGGGGAAUGGGGUUCUCUACGGUUGCGUACUAGAUACUUACACGAUCUCAUCAUGCCGACUGAAGAGUAUUCACCAAUGCAGCAGCUAAUUCUUGAUCCAGAUUUAGAAUCUGUACGAGCACUAGCAGAUCUAUGCCACCAGGACCGCAUGCCUUUGGCUACAUCUUUAAUGGGAAUUUUCCGACACGAGAAAAAAGAAGCUGAUCUGUUAAGAAGUUUAAAUGAUGUAGAGAUAAUGAAAGAGGAUGAGACUACUACACUAUUUCGGGCUGCAUCAUUAACUACAACUUUAAUGGAUCUUUAUAUGAAAUCUGUUUGUUCAGAUUUCUUAAAAUCUGCAAUUCAACAAACUGUGUUUAAAUUAUUGGAAAGUAAACAAUCAUGUGAACUCAAUCCAUGUAAAAUGGAGUCCCCAGAUGAUGCUUGUGACAACGCCGAGUUUCUUUUGUUAGUACUAGAUGAGAUCACUCAAUCCAUAUUUAUGUCUGCUGACGCUUGUCCUCGUACUUUACGAUACAUAUGUGGAUGUCUACAGAGAAUGGUAAUGAAUAAGUGGCCGUAUGAAAGAUUAGUUAGGACCAGAGUAGUUUCUGGUUUUAUAUUCUUACGACUCCUGUGCCCAGCAAUCUUAAAUCCUAGACAGUUCAAUCUAAUUCCAGAACCACCACCACCCAUGGCGGCUAGAUCUCUGAUUAUGGUGGCAAAAUGCUUGCAGAACUUAGCCAAUUUGGUAGAGUUUGGAGGCAAAGAGCCUUACAUGGAAGUUGUUAAUCCGUUUAUACUGAAGAACAAAGAGAGAAUGAUUGUGUUUUUAGACCAAUUAUCCAAUGUAAUUGAGAAACCAGAAUCGGAGGGAGAAAAAAUUAAAGGUGACCCUGCCCGUAAUUUAGGCACCCUCCAUCACAUUUGUAAAACCCAUCUAAUCGAACUUCAAAAUCUUAGUAAAAAUCAACCAUCAUUGAAGAGGCUGGUAACAGUCACAGAGAUGUUAAACAAGCAUAAACAAAAAUAUUUGGAAAUGAUUACUUGA